AGGGCCGAGAAAGUCUCAGAAUAUUAAGGGAGCACUAUAUUGGAAAAGGCAGACCCAGGAUCGUCACCUUGUAUAUAACCAUGACUGCGCUGAAGAAAGCUGAUAAUGAGACGGUAACAGAGUACAUUAUCCGAGCUGAGCAGAUCAUUACGGCACUCAGGAGCGCGGGAGAAGCACAGAGUGAGGGACUAAUGAUGGCGAUGGUUAUGCGGGGAUUACCCGAAAAAUACAAGCCGUUCACUCUAAUGGUGACACACGGUGACAGUGAAGUAACGUUGGGACAGUUCAAGGCGAAGUUGAGGAACUUCGAGGCCUCAGAAGAUUCAGCCUCAGACGAGAUGAGCGAGAGGGUGCUGAGGGUCCAAGCAGCAACAAAGAGAAAGCCCGCCAAACGAUUCAUCCCCGAUGGCGGCGGAGAACACGUCGGCACAUGUUGGCGAUGCGGAGAGAAAGGCCAUCGAAAAGAUGACUGCAGAAAGAAAGUCUGGUGUAGCUUUUGUAAAAGCAAGGGGCACACAGACAAAGCGUGCACAAAGAAGGACCGCGGUGAUGCCGCUCGGUGCGUGAGCAUGCCAGGUGGUACCAGAGAAGCUGCGGGAGGAGGUGACUACACCCUCAAAGUGCGAGCUGAAGAGACCAGCCUACAGAGACAACAACUACAGACCCACAGAAAAGGAUUGAUCGUGGACACGGGAGCGUCGUCUCACAUCAUCAACGAUAAGAAGAAAUUCAAGAUUUUUGACAGCACCUUCAAGCCGAAGAGACACAGCAUGGAAUUGGCAGACGGGAGGCGCACCUUCGCGGUGGCGCACGGCAGAGGAGAAGCAGAGAUGUGUCUGAUAGACAGCGAGGGACGACGGUGUAAAGUGACUCUGAGGAACGCACUAUACAUCCCAUCGUACCCCCAAGAACUCUUUUCCGUGAAGUCUGCUACAGCUAACGGAGCCAAGGUUUUCUUCGACGAAGGUGCUGGUCGGGUCCUCGGCUCCGCCUGGAAAGAUAGGGGAGUUUGCGAGAGCGCCGAGAGGAGUUAUGCUGGUGUAAGGAUGACAGCGGUUGAGUAAUCAGGGUGCAAAUAAUAUGUUGUCUGUGGCUGAGGAUUGUGUGCACCUGGUGUCCUGUGUUGUGUCCUCCCCCCCUCACCUGUGUCUUGUUGUGCUGAUUAGAGUGGGUGUAU